GGAAGUGGUUGCCGGUCGCUGCAGGGCAACACCCCGGCGUCCCUGGAAGCGGGGAGCCAGGCACCCCGGUGUCCCUGGAAGUGGGGGGGCCGGGGUGGUGCUGGGUUGGCGGCACCGAGCCAUCGUCCCGGGAACCCCGGGGUGGGGACAGGGUCUUUGGGAUCUAGAUAGUUCUGCCAGGCUGAAUCAUGGCUAGACGACCCAUCCUCUUAGGUGACCAGCUGGUUCUGGAGGAAGAUUCUGAUGAGACCUACAUCCCCAGUGAGCAAGAAAUCCUCGACUUUGCCAGAGUGAUUGGUAUUGACCCCAUCAAGGAACCAGAACUGAUGUGGCUGGCGAGGGAGGGUAUUGAGGCUCCAUUGCCCAAGGGCUGGAAACCAUGCCAGAACAUCACGGGAGACCUUUACUAUUUCAACUUUGACACUGGGCAGUCUAUUUGGGACCAUCCAUGUGAUGAGCAUUAUCGGAAGCUGGUGAUCCAAGAGCGGGAGAAGUGGUUGGCUCCCGGGGCCAUUAAGAAGAAAGACAAGAAAAAGAAAAAGGAAAAGAAAAACAAGAAGGACAAAGAAACCUCCAAAAGUCCUCUGGUCCUGGGUUCCCCCUUAGCCCCAGUCCAGGCCCCUCUUUGGAGCCUGGCUCCCUUCCGAGGCCUUGGUGAUGCCCCGCCCUCUGCUCUUCGUGGAUCUCAGAGUGUGAGCCUGGGGAGCUCAGCAGAUUCUGGGCAGAUUGGGGAACCCAUGCUGCCUCCACAGGGCCUCAAGACUGCUACUUGUGCAAAGGGUUUCUUGGGUUCUGCCCACGAGAGCAGGCGUGCUCUUAGCCUCUUGGCUUUAGGGGAAGAAACCAAUGAAGAGGACGAGGAGGAGAGUGACAACCAGAGUGUCCGAAGCUCCAGUGAACUUCUCAAGAACCUGCAUCUGGACCUUGGUGCUCUGGGAGGUCACUUUGAGUAUGAGGAGUCUCCAAGAUCCAGCCAGCCAGUGGACAAGAAGGAUGUUUCUCUCGACUCAGAUGCCGAUCGGCCCCCGACUCCUGGCAAGCUGUUCAGCCAGGGUGGCGACAGUAGUCUGGCCAGUGCUGGUGGCAGCAGAUCCCAGGGAAGAGGGGCAAGUCCCUGGGACCCACAUAAAGAAAAUGAGAACAACAAUCUCAAGACUUCCGAGAAUGAGGUGGCUCCUGGAUUAGACUCUGGGGAUGAUCACUCUGCCAAGGCUUCCACAAAGGAGCAGGAAGAGGGUGCAGUGGAGGCAGAAGAGGAGGCUUCCGGGAAGGAGACUGCAGCCAAGGAAGCUUCUGCCCUGGAGGAGAGCACAUCAGACGCCAGGGAGGAGUCAGAGAUCCUUGAACACUCGAAGGACCCACAGUUCUCAGAGUCUGAAGCUUCUGUUCCCAAGUCUUUCCAUGGCCUGGACUUUGGAUUUCGCAGCCGGCUCUCAGAGCAUCUACUGGAUGGUGACAUGCUUUCUCCAGUCUUGGAUGAAGCCCACUGGGAGGCCCAGGGGUUAGGCCAGGAAGAGCGAGAUGACAGCCAGUCCAGCAGAGCCGAGCCACAGAGCAAGCAUUCCCCAGUCUCUGAGAGGAAGCAGCUCCAGAGUACCCUUCACAGCCAGGCCACCGAGGAAGGGCCUCUGCAGACCCUGGUGGGGCAGCCUGAGUGGGAGCAUGCAAAGGAGCCUGGGAAGGACUCUGUAGCCAGCCCCCUCCCACUGGCCCCCCUCCAGAGGGAGCAGGUCCUGAGCCCACCUGCUUUCCCUGAGAGGGCUGAGGAAAAGCACUCCCAGGCUGAAGAGCUGGGCCUUGGGCAGCAAGUGGCUGAGGAGCCUGAGAAGGUGGCAGUCAGCCCCACCUCACCUGACUCUCCAGAGGUGCAGACCACAGAGGCUGCAGCUCCCCAAAAGCAGUUCUCACAGUCUAUACCAAAAGCCAUGGAAGAAGCAGUGAACCAGGACCUGAAGGAAGAAGACCAGAGGCGGCUGCUGGAGUUGCAGAAAGAGAGGCAGAAGCAGCUGGAAGAGAGGCUAUGGCGAGAGGAGGAGGAGGAGAUGCAACGGCUUUACCAGCAGAAGGAGAACUCCCUCAGCCUCCUAAAGGCACAACUGCAGAAAGCUGCUGAGGAGGAAGAGGAGGAAGAGGAGACUCGGAUAAGAGAGGAAGAAAACCAGCGGCUGGCCCGCUUCCGGGCCCAGGUGCAGUCCAGUACAGAAGCAUUUGAGAACCAAAUUAGAGCUGAGCAAGAGGCUGCUCUGCAGAGGCUUCGAGAAGAAGCAGAGGCCCUCCAGAAGGCCGAAAGAGCCAGUUUGGAACAGAAAAGCCAGAGGGUGCUGGAGCAGCUAAGGGAGCAGCUGGAGGCUGAGCAGCGGAAUGCCCAGGCCGCCUUGAGGGCGGGGAAGGAGGCUGAGAAGGAGGUGGCUUUGCAGCAACUGAGGGAGCAGCUGGAAGGGGAGAGGAGAGAGGCAGUGGCAGGCCUGGAGAAGGAGCACGGCGCUGAGCUGGAGCGGCUCUGUUCCUCACUGGAGGCCAAGCACCGGGAGGUGGUCUCCAGCCUCCGGAAGAAGAUAGAGGGAGCUCAACAGAAAGAGGAGGCCCAGUUACAGGAGAGCCUUGGGUGGGCAGAGCAGAGAGCUCAUCAGAAGGUUCAUCAGGUGAUUGAGUAUGAGCAAGAGCUCAGCAGCCUCCUUCGAGACAAGCGCCAGGAGGUAGAGAGAGAACAUGAGAGGAAGAUGGACAAGAUGAAGGAGGAGCACCGGCAAGUGAUGGCUGAAGUCAGAGAGCGAUAUGAAGCUGAGGAAAGAAAGCAGCGGGCUGACCUCCUGGGACACUUGACUGGAGAGCUGGAACGCCUGCGAAGGGCCCAUGAGCGAGAGUUAGAGAGCAUGAGGCAGGAGCAGGACCAGCAGCUUGAGGACCUAAGGCGUCGGCACCGAGAUCAAGAAAGGAAAUUACAAGAUUUAGAAGUGGAACUUACAACCAGAACCAAAGAUGUCAAGGCAAGACUGGCUCAGCUGGAUGUCCAGGAGGAGAACAUGCGGAAAAAGAAACAAAUGCUCAUGGACGCGCAGAGGCAGGCUGCUCUGGAUAAAGAGGAAGCCACAGCUACCCAUCAGCACCUGCAAGAAGCAAAGAAAGAGCACACCCACCUUGUGGAGUCCAAGCGGCAGCUGCGGAGGGUCAUCGACGACCUGCGUGUCCGGCGGGUGGAACUGCAGUCCCAGGUGGAUCUGCUGCAGGCACAGAGUCAGAGGCUGCAGAAGCACGUGAGUAGCCUAGAGGCUGAAGUACAAAGGAAGCAUGACAUGUUGAAAGAGCUGGAAGCUGAGAAUAACACAUCCCCACAUUUGGAGCCAGAUCUCCACAUUGAGGACCUGAGGAAAUCCCUUGGCACAAAUGAGAUCCAAGAGGUAUCCUCUUCUCUCUCCCAGAGCAAGGAGGAGAUGAACCUAUCCAUGGACAGUGUCCGGCACUUCCUCUCUGCUGAGGGUGUAGCUGUCCGGAGUGCGAAGGAGUUCCUGGUGCGCCAGACACGCUCCAUGCGGAGGCGACAGACAGCACUGAAAGCUGCCCAGCAGCAUUGGCGCCAUGAGCUGGCUACUGCCCAGGAGGUGGAUGAAGACCUCCCAGGCACCAAGAUCUUGGAAAAUGUGCGCACGAACUUAGAUGAGGAGACCAAGCACCUGGAUGAGAUGAAGUCAGCCAUGAGGAAAGGCCAUGAGCUACUGAAGAAGAAAGAGGAGAAGCUGAACCAACUGGAAUCUUCUCUACAGGAAGAGGUCUCUGAUGAGGACACUCUGAAAGGAUCCUCCAUCAAGAAGGUGACCUUUGAUCUCAGUGACAUGGAAGACUUGAGUAGUGAGAGCUCUGAGUCCUGCCCCUUGCCUCAUAUCACCCCGACCCCAAGUUCUGCUGAUUCCAACAAGAUCCAUUACCUGAGCAGUUCCCUUCAGCGGAUCAGCAGUGAACUAAAUGGUGUGCUGAACGUGCUGGGCAGCCUCAACUCCCAGCUACCACCACAGGUCCUUAGCAGUCAGCCUCCACCUCCGCUCCUCACCUCCUCUCUUCGGUCCUCCAAGAACACCCCUGCCCCUGCCCACUCCCUCCUGACCAAGCCCUCAUCCUCAUGGUCUGCCACACCCACGUCCACUCAGUGGGCCUGGGACCCAGGACAGGGAACCCAGCUCUCCUCCUCGCAAACUGUGGAUGAUUUCCUGCUGGAGAAGUGGCGCAAGUAUUUUCCGUCUGGCAUUCCAUUGCUCAGCAGCUGCCCUCCCCCACUGGAGAACAGGCUGGGCUAUGUGUCUGUAAGUGAGCAGCUCCACCUCAUGCAGCACUCCCAUUCUCGAGUCCCCAAGAUGGACAGUGUCAGUGUCCAGAGCAUGAUCGAGUCUAACCGGAAGUGGCUAGAACAUUUCAGGAAUGACCCCAAGGUACAGCUCUUCUCCUCGGUGCCCAAAUCAACAACCACUUCGAACUUACUGCAGCUGGGCCUGGAUGAGCACAACAGACUGAAUGUGUUUCACUAUUGAGCUCUGUCGGGGGCCAGGGCUGUGGCCUCCUCCUCUACACCAAAGUGCCUGAGGAGCCACGGACACUUUAUUUCCCUCUGAUCAGGCAUGUCCUCCACUGAGUGCUCCACCCAGGACUUGGGAGAACCAGCAGUUAGGUAGGUGGAAAGCACGGCAUGACUGUAAACAACUACACAUGCUUCACCCAUGAACUGUCCUGAGCGGACAUGUGCAAACUUCUUCAUCCAAGUGGCUGUGGAGGACUUCAGGAAUGUGGUCACCUUCAAUCAAAGCAACUGCCUUGGGAGUCCUAGGAAGUCUCCUUGGAGGCUGGGUUUCUGCCCUUCAAGCUCUGCUGAGGGCUCUCAUGGCGGUGGAAAGUGUGGUCCUUUGUUUAAGACAGCUCUGUAGCAUGGCUAUGCCCUGGAACUUGGCAGUGCUGUGCCUACAGCUGUCUUUUGAUACCUCAGCCCUGUAAGGAUCACAUCCCUCUCUUUUUGUAUUUUUUUCCUUUUUGAUGUCUUCUUCUGACUAUCUCAGGUUUGGGCUCAGCUGCCUGAGUCCUGCUGGAGCUGUUAGAGGCCCCAGAUGUUCUGCCUCUUUCCCUCAGCCAGCACUGGGCUCUCCUCAGGGCGAGCAGCCUUCCCUCCCUUAGGAUGCCCUCCCUUGCUCUCAGGUCUCAAACACCCAUCUCUCCAGGAAGCCAAAAAGAAAGCCAUAAAGACGGGGAUGGCUUCUGCUCUUCUUGAUGUUUCUCUUCCUACAACAUCCCUGAGUAUCUGUGUGGCCCAUUUCCAUCUGUUCUUCUACCUGAGCCUCCCCUGCCCCAGUCCAACUGUCAGCCCCUCCCAGAGCUCGGUGGAGGGGCUGACUAGUACCUGGUACUGCCAGGGACUGUCUUGGCUAGUUGCUGCUUCUGGCACGGCCUCUACAGCCCCAUGUCCCCCAGCGGGCUCUGCAGGCGAUGUUCUCAGCAUCUGUCUCAUUGUUUAAACAAAACACCCUCAUUUUUCUUGUCUUGAGAAGCUGUGGGCUGCCUUUACCCCUGUAACCCACAGAAAGAAACCCACUCUCACGCUUUACUGCUCAUUUCUUUGCCAUAGAAUAAGACACUAAGAACCAGGUGGCUUUUUACCCUCUGAGAUAUUUUUUAGUCAUCAGCCGACCACACACAGAAAAAAGUCCAUUUUGUUAUUUGUUCUACUCUGUGUGUCUUGAGAGCAGCUCGUGUGAUACGAUCAAUCCUGUGUUUUUUUGCAUCUAUUAAAUCUCUGCAAGUCUGUUUUCUACAA